CGGAAUUCUAGAGUGCUGAAUCGGACACUUGCACAGUUUGCAUUAUCAAGACUGGAUUUCUGCAAAGGAAAAGCUGCUUUCUGGCUCCUCCCCUAACAUGAAUAAAAUUAUUGUUUAUGAACAUGAAAACUUUACAGGACUCCACAGAGAAUUUACUUCAGAUGUUCCUGAUCUACACAGUGUGGACUUUGGGGAUUGCAUUUCCUCCCUUAAGGUGAUUGGACAACCAUGGCUAGUCUUCAGUGAUGCAGAAUACAAAGGCCUGGUCCACGCCUAUGAAGAAGGGGAAUAUAAGAGCAUCAGCUUAAAUGACAGUAUUUCAUCUCUCCAGCUAGUAAGUGAAGAUCUGGAUCACCCUCAGAUUACACUUUUUGAAAAACCAAACUUUGAAGGAACAAGCAAAAUAAUAACAGAGGAAACCAACCUGAUUUAUGGGUAUUUCAAUGAUAAGGCAGCUUCCCACAUUGUCCAGAAAGGCGUCUGGAUCUUGUAUGAACAUGGAAAUAGAAGGGGGUCGCAAUAUAUUGCUCGGGAAGGAAACAAACUUUCUAAUUAUGAUCCUAUGUUUCAUUUUAAUAAGAAAUGUUCCUAUGUAUAUCCCCUUAAAGGUGGUCAGGCCAUAGUCACUUCCAACAUCUUAUGGGAUCACAAGAAAGUGGAGAGUGAGAGAGAUAUAGUGAUUGAUGAGAUAAAUGGUGUCAAUGAUACAAAUUUUGAGCAGGCAUUUACCACCACUACCAGCAAAAUCUAUGAAUCAGCCACUAGUCACAGCUUUAAGUUAAAACCAUCUUCUCUUAAAAUAAAUGGGAGCUUCUACUUAAGCAUUGAUCCAAGUACUAAUCUCUUGGUGGAAAAAGGAAGCAUAGAAUCUACUGUUACUAUAGACAAAAUUGAGGUGAGCAUGCCAGCCAAGAUUCCACCACAUUCUGAGCUGAAUAUCCGUGUGAUAAGGCAAGUAGUCAAUGCUUCUGUUCCUGUGGAACUGACCAUUACAAAGAAUGGGAAAAUGAAGACAGAAUGUGGAGAAUAUCGCAGUAUGUCAGGAAGCAACAUCAGCACCAGAUAUAUUAUGAAGCCAAUUGAGAAGAAAACAUAGACUCAUUUAUCACCAAAAUAAAGAAUGACAAUGCCAUAAGCCCCCACUCCUAUUUAGAACAUCCAUAUAAUCAAGAAAGGGAUUACUGUUUCUGUGGUGCAGACCAUUUUUCAGAAUGGAAUAUGAAGACAGGGAAUUAAAUACACAUCUUCUCCUUGUCUUCUUCUGAGUAUUUAAUCAAGUAUCAUGGAUGUACACUUCUAUGCAUCUGAGGAAGUGAGCUCUGACUAAUGAAACUCAUGCUGAAAUAAAUUUUGUUAGUCUUUAAGGUGCUACCAGGCUCCUAUGUAUCUAUGAAAGUUAUUCUUACUAGCUCCAGAGCUUUUAAUUUUUUUGUCUGUUUUCCUUUCCCUACCAUAAUCAGUUGUAUGUAAGAGGAACAAUUAAUAUUUUCUGGAAUGUAGCAUGCUUUUUUCUCUACUUUCAUGGUAGUUUUAAUCCCAAAUCCAUUUUUCUAUCUUUGUUUGCAUUUAUAUGUGGAUGAAGCAAACAGAAAAUUCUGUAUUUGUUCAUCAUGGUCAAUUGAGAGUAUUUCUAUGGUCAAGAAAAAAUUGAAGAUUAAAAACAUCCCCUUUCUUCCAACUGUGAAAAGAGCAGCACUCACAGUUGGAAAGUUCACAGUCCUUAAAUAAUAGAAUUGUUAUGUUUUUUUAUCAGCAAGGACUACAGACCUUAAAGCUAUAAUGAACAAUGCAUUUGAUCAGACUUUUGAUAGUCUUUGAUGUUAUUUAGGAAGGAAUAAGGGGGGUUGAAUUUAUAUACAAAUCAGUAAUAGGAUUGCGCAAAUCACUAGAAUAUAUGACGUAUAUAUCGUUAGAAUAUAUUAGGCUGAAUUUAUUCAAAGACAUCCUCAUCUACAGUAUAGUGAAACAGAAACAGCUAAUGCAAAGACACCCACCAUAUGGGGAGAAUGCCAAAGAAAGUAGUUGUCGAGAACAUUGGUGAGCAACUCAACAUGACUGGUAGAAUGCAUGAAGCCUCCAAAACAGUUUUGUGUGCUCCUUAAAUCCCAGCAUAUUUAAUCCUCCCUGGCAUCUUCAUUUUCCAGAAACUCAUUUGAAAAUGAGAUGGCAAAAAUGGGAGGGGGGCGGGGAGAGAUCAGAUCAGAAACAAUUAAGCAAGUGAAACAACCCAUAUUCGGCCCAUUUUAAAUUUUAAUGUGUUCUAUGACCAGAUAACUUUUCAAGGGCUGAUUUUCAUGUUAAAGGGCAAUUUCAACAUUAAAUGUUAUAGAAGUACAUGUCCGCUGUAUUUCAGACAUCUGCUAUGUUGACAAAAUGACAGACUAAUUAUUGAUAAUCAAGUAUAAUUAAGCAGAUUAAUUGUUGUCUACCAAUAUAGGUUAUGUUUCUGAUGCAUCCCUUACUGUAAAACAAACUGCCCAGCCACCAUUAAGGGGAGUUUCACUACAAGGAAAACAACCUGGGGUUUUCUUUGAAAUGCUUCUGUCCCUUUAUUUAUCUGUCUUAUCAGCACAGCAAAUAUAUCCAUGUAUUUCUGCUAAGGGGAGCAAAGGAAAGAUCUCUCUCUCUCUCUCUCUCUCUCUCUCUCUCUCUCUCUCUCACUCACACACAUCCUCUAUUUUCCUCUACGUGCAAACAUCAAGGAGGGAACUGUAGUCAAGCUGUGACUGGCAAUCUGUAGUCCCCCAAAUUACAGCAUUGUUAUCUGUAAAACUGCUUUUUAUCCAGGGGCAUGUUUACUCCUUUCUGGAUAUGUGAUUAAUUUACCUUUUGCAGCAUGCUUAAGAGGUUACCCCAUCACCUGGGGGAACACACACAGGGCUGCCUUAUACUGAAUCAAUCCAUUGAUCCAUCAAGGUCAAUAUUGUCUACAAAGACUAGCAGAAACUCUCUAGAUCUUCCAGAUCUCCUACUCCCUGGCCCUUUUAAUUGUAGAUACUAGGGAUUGACUAUGGGAAGUUCUGCAAGAAGCCACAGGCCCUCCCUGUUUCUAUAGAUUUUUCUGUCUUUACUUCAGUAUUAUAUAUUGAGUUCUAGUUACUAUCUGGAUUUUUUCCUUUGAAUAAAGUGAUU